AUGCAAGGUGGCAAGGUGGUGGAUGGCCAUAUAUACAAAGUGUUUGGGUCAUCUAUGCGGCGUGGUUCCGUCGGUUACAGCGUGGAGAUUAAGCAUGCAAGGUACUUGGAUCGGUUGUUCAACGUGGUGGAUGGCCAUGCAAGGUGGUUGGGUAUGCCAUGCAAUGUGGAGAUUUUCCAUGCAAGUUGCUUGGCUCGGUCAUGCCAUGUGGAGAUUUGCUGCAAGUUGCUCGGUACGACAUGCGACGUUGACGGUAAACAUGCAAGAUGGUGGUCAACCCAUCAAGGCGAAGAGCCACCUAUACAAGGUGCUCGAGUCCAACCUUGA